AUGGCAACCAGUAGUGGCAGUUCGGCAUCUGGUGCCACCAACGACCAGAUCAUGGCAGCCCUCAAGAAAAUGCAAGAGGAUCAAAGCCGUCUUCUGUCUCUGCUUUCUCAGGGUGAGCGUCAAAGCUUGCUGUCGUCAAGCGGUGCCGCCGGAUCAGGGCUCGAUGUAUCCGAGGGUGAUCUUACCGCUAGUCCGGGACUGACUGGAACUUCGUCCGCAAUGCCUGCGGAUGAGACCGCUGAACGUGAUGCCACCUCGCCCUCAACUUCAGGAUCAAAGUCUAACUUUACGUCUCGUAUCGUGCUGACCACGUACCCGAAACAAAUCGGCAUCAACCCCUUGCCCAUGAAAUGGGGAGCCCCCGAUGCUGUGCAAAGAGGGCCAGUUGUUGUCCAGAGAGGACCCAGCACGAUCCGUAGACGGAAUGCUCAUGGCGGAGGCUACUCUGUAUACUACGCGCUGGCUCUUGCGAGUCAAGAGCUCAAGGCAGACCACAGGCCUGACUUUACCAACACUGAGCCGGCCGCCGAGAUUGGGCCUUUCCCACAAUGGGGAGACCCAAAGAAAAUUGUGGCAAUGGAUCCCUGGGGUCAUAUUGCGCCAUUUCUAUUCAAGGACAUUAUCAACAAAGAAAACGUCGAUAUCCGGCCAACUAUCGCAAUAACGAAAGCUCACAUGAAGCUUCCUGAGCUAGAGGAGAGCGUUCGCAGUGGCAGAUUGGUUCCGGAUGGCAAGGUCUGUCUAAAUGCCCAGGGAGAGCUUGCAGUUACCAAGUUUGCUGUUGAACCUGUAUGGUAUCUCCCAGGCGUUGCAGAGCGCUUUGGCCUAGACGAGGGAACUCUGAGGCGUUCCCUAUUUGAACAUACCGGCGGCAGCUAUCCUGAGCUUAUCACACGAGGCGACAUCAAGGUUUUUCUGCCACCAAUCGGUGGACUUACCGUUUACUGCUUCGGAGAUCCUGCCAAAAUGUCAGACCCGAACUCCCGGCUGGCGCUUCGGAUUCACGAUGAGUGCAACGGGAGCGAUGUUUUUGGUUCGGAUAUUUGCACCUGCAGACCUUACCUCAUUUUCGGCAUUGAAGAGGCAGUGAAAGAGGCACAGAAUGGAGGCAGUGGUGUCGUCAUCUACUUCCGCAAAGAAGGGAGAGCUUUGGGAGAAGUCACCAAGUAUCUCGUGUACAACGCGCGAAAGCGUGGUGAGGACCGGGCAUCGGACUACUUUAAGAGGACCGAAAACGUAGCCGGAGUCAAGGAUAUGCGUUUCCAGGCUCUCAUGCCGGAUAUCUUGCACUGGUUGGGCAUCACUAAAAUCGAUAGGAUGCUCAGCAUGAGCAACAUGAAGCACGAUGCCAUUGUCGGGCAGGGAAUCCCCAUCCACGAAAGAGUCGAGCUUCCCGAGUCCUGGAUCCCGGCAGACUCCCGCGUCGAGAUUGACGCAAAGAUCACAGCUGGAUAUUUUACAACCGGGCACCGGAUGACGGAAUCGGAGCUUGCUUCCGUACAGGGCAGACUGUGGGAAGAUCGACGACGCCCCCGAUUUCGUGGAAUGACCGAGCUUCCGGGCCUCAAUUCGUUCAUUCUUUUCAUGGUAAAACUGGGUCGUGGUCAGCCAAACCUGCAGCUUGCAGCAUACCUACCCAACCAUAGAAAGCCACCACGGUUCGUAUGCAGUCUUGAUCAGCCCACUCCAAGAAUUUAA